AUGUAUUAUCGUUUGGAUUACAGAAGCGAGAAAGAAUAUUUCUCAUUGAAGUUUCUCUUUUAUUUGGAUUACUGUCUUGUAUUCGCUUCACUAUCACUUUUGAACUUCUCAUUGGCAUAUAUUAUUUCGUUAAUUGCUGUACCGUUGAUAAUACUAUUCACAGCGAUUGAUAACUGUAAUCGGUUCAGUCUAUCACCUUUAUCAAUGAUAUAUUUGAAAGUUGGAUAUGUGAUCACGAAAUCGAAUAAUGAAGUUUCACUAAAAAAAGAAAGUGUUAAAACUUCACUGCUUCAACUUAGAAAAAGAAUGAAUCGAGUUAUUGUUACCGAUCAGUAA